AUGGAUCCCGGUGCAGUGGGAUGCGCAAAAGCUUCGCGCAAGAGAAAAUCAACUGAAACCGCAGUGCCAUCCAAUGCCGAAGUGAUCGACUUGACCGACAACCAUACCCCGGCGCCCAAACGCACACCCCGCGCCAAAAAACAGCGACGGGAAGAAUCCAACCCGCCCGCUACGCCCGAACGUCGCCUGCGAAGGUUCCGUACCCAUCCACCGGCGUCGUGCAUGGAUAGAUUGCGUCGAUCGAGAACCCAGAGGAUGUAUGUGGUAGGACACACAGUGGGCGGCACGGGAGACGUACCGGAGAUCUCGUUUGACAUGGUCGGCACGACGGGGAAUCUGUACAAGACCGUGAUUGGGAAGGUGCCAUGCUGCGACUGCCCGGACGCCAUGAAGGGGAACCAGUGCAAGCACAUCUUCUAUGUGCUGGUGAAUGCGCUCAAAGCACCCGAACACCUCCAGUAUCAGCUCGCUUUCCUUUGCGACGAACUCCGUGAAAUGUACCAUGGAUCUCCCCUGCGCCGCGGACAAGCUGCUUCCACCGAAGACACGGGCGGCAAGCAGAGACCCGUCGAGGGGGACUGUCCCAUCUGCUUCAUGGAAUUCGAGGCAAACGAGGCCAUCGUUUUCUGCCGCGCGGCCUGCGGAAACAACAUUCACAAGGCCUGUUUCGAUCAAUGGGCCGCCACCACCCGUACUUCCGGUGUGCGUUGCGUUUACUGCCGAGCACCUUGGAAGGUCAAUACGCCUAAUCAUGACCUUGAAUCUCUCAAAAAAGAUGGCCGUGUCAGUGCAGAAGGCUAUGUCAAUGUGGCGGAGCAGUUUGGAUUGUCUGGUGAACGUGAAUGGUCCUCGUACUCGCCUUGGUUCAACCGUCGGCGAGGCACGACGUCACGAUACAAUACAUAUGGAGACCCCUAUGGCUCGAAUGACCUCUCUUGUGACGCAAAUGGUGUCCCGAUUUCGUGA